UCGUCGGUUUAUAAUGAACGUACAUUAUCCACUUGUUUAUUUACACAAGAACGCACAAUAUCCGAUUGAUACACCAAUGCAACUUUGCGUAAGUAUAGGUCCUGAUUCGUCUGUCCAAUCAGCGAUGAGUUCACUCAAUCUAGUCGUCACAUGGUAAGCGUCAGCUCACCACGCCUGUUUUGCGGAAUCACUUCCGGCCGUAGCUAUAUCCCUUCUAGCCCUGUUGUGCGUAGAAACAUGGAGGCAAUCGGAGUGAAAGUUAGUGCGGAGUCCGAUGAUAGGGAGACGAAUGCCGCCGUCAAAGUUCCCGAAAGAGUCUUACGCAGAGAUCAAGCGAGGCUUGAAGAGGUCGAGCGCCGUAGAAACGUCAAGGAGAGCCAAACCGUGACGGAGGAAAAGAGCGACUUCUUCACGUCCACCUUUAAUGCUGAGAAGGCUGCUGUGGAAGAAAUCAUCUCCAGCUGUAACUAUGGCGACAGCGACCAAGCGUCAAAAACGUUGGAGGAGGCCAGUGUCAAAAUCCAACAGCUCCAGAAAUUUCUUAACGACAGCGUCAUGUUUCUGACGCAAUAUGAAAUAAGACAGGCCCAGGCAUCCUUGCAGACAAUGCAGACCUCUCUGGCUGAGAAAAGGGACGAGGCACUGCCUAAAAAGAAGUUCGCCUUCAGAUCCAGGAACACAGGGACUGGUAAGCAGCCUGCACCAAAACAAGAAGCAUCAGAAAAGUCUGCCUCCGUUGUGGAUGGUCCUGCGGCACUGGAUGCUGCGAUUUACGUAAAUCAGUGUGGGUUCUCCAAUGUCGACAGUCAAGUCUUGAUCAUGCAUGCAGAGGAAAUCCAGCAACGGGAUGUGCUGUUAUCUAAUCUGACAAACUGUAAAGUCAGACUUUAUGGAUGUCCCAGCACCGUGCACAUCAAAGUAAUCCGUAACUGUGAGAUCCUCUGCGGGCCUGUUUCCAGCUCUGUUUUUGUCGAUCAAUGCACUGACAGCACUUUAGCUGCUCCCUGUCAGCAGCUGCGCACCCACAAUACUUCUGCUACUCAGAUAUACCUCCAUGUCACCAGCCGGGCAAUUAUAGAGGACUGCCAUGGGGUCAGUGUUGCCCCAUUCACGUGGACUUAUCCAGGCAUUCACGAACAUUUUAAAAUAUCUGGACUUGACCCAAAGCGGAAUAACUGGGAACAGGUUGAUGAUUUCAACUGGCUUGCCACUGGUACCCCCUCUCCCAACUGGACCAUCAUUCCUGAGUCUGAGAGAAUAUCUAGUUGGGAAUCCGUACAACCAGCUACCUAGUCUUAGUGUGUUUACAGUAAAACAAGGGAAGCUUUGUUCUACAGAUAUGACUCUAACAUGAUACCAUAAAUGUAACAUUUUCUAGUAUAUACUUCUUGCAGCACUUAUAAAUAAACGAAAUGCUUAUAAAAAAUGAUCAAGUUGAGCAUUGAUGUCAUCUUAUAAGGUUUGUGCUUAAAUGUGGUUUAGUCGCCAAGCCUGUUUAUUCAUAUAACCAAAAUCACUGGAUGUUUUGUCUUAUAUUAAAAUAUAAAGUGCAUUCACAUCUGUGAGAGAUGUUAAAUUGAACUUAAUAACAAGUUUGAUCUGCGAUCAAAUUUCUGACAGAAAAGUCACUGAAAUAGUUGCAGGACAAAAUCGGCUAACAAGUUGGUCCAAAUCUGUAUUUUACUGUACAAUAAAAAUGAAAAGAAAAAGUAAA